AUGGCUGUCGAGGUGUCCCACGGCCGAGGAGGAGCCGGCAACAUCAAUCCCGACAAGACGGAGUAUGUCGACGGGGAAGUCGUCCGCGCCGGAGUCGAGGGGAGCCAUGGCGACGGAGCGUACAGCGCCGGCAGAGGAGGUGCUGGUAACAUUGGCGACGUCGGCUCCGCCCCUGCGGCUCGUAAAGACAAAGACGUCGUGCCCGAGUCGGCGUACCGCGCUAGCCAGGACAACCAGGACUACCACACUGGUCGCGGCGGCGCAGGGAACGAACAUGUUGCGGAUGGGCACGGCAAGAAGGCGGCGGACAAGACGGGGGAGAGCGCGGCGGCGCCCGUUAGCUUGGCGGACAAGUUGAAGCAGAAGCUGUUUGGUGUGUUGAAGAGGUAG